AUGUACAAGGUCGCCCUCAUCCAGUUGCAUCCUCAGCCGGGUCAGAUUGAGCAUAAUUAUGCCCAGGCUGUGGCUUUCAUUCGACAAGCAGCUACUGACGAGUCAGACCUUGCUGUUCUUACUGAUUCCAUUUGGGCCAUUUGUCUUGUCCCGGGCUCUUUCCUUGAAAAGCACCAACACCAAGACGCACAGAAAUGGAUCCUCAUGGAUGUCACCUAUUUUAUUGAUAAAAGCGGCCAAAUCGCGGGUAGAUAUGCGAAGAAGAAUCCCUGGCAUCCUGAGAGACCUUUUACCAGUGGCUCUAAGCAUGACGCGCAUGUUGCGUUCAACACGCCGCUCGGCAAAGUAGGCUUGCUGAUCUGCUGGGAUCUGGCCUUUCCGGACGCGUUCAGAGAACUCGUCUCUCAGGGCGCCAAGAUCAUUGUUCUGCCUCCCUUCUGGACUGUUACAAGUCGGCCUAAGCGCAGGCCGCAUACGAACCCGUGA